AUGUCCACGGGUGCAAAUCACCCGUACCACACGAUGAAAGAUUGCAUUUUAAUACUGCUAUUGAUGAAAAUACUACGGAGUGAAGCUGAGGAAAGCAACGAGUUGUAUACCCCAAAGUUGCUUUCAGUUAUAAAAGAGGCUAGUAAAGGUAAGGAGAUCAGCGUCGAUUUCGAUUCCAGCUGCAUUCUAGAAGUAAUAUCAUCGUUUGUGGACAGAUGCGAGCAGAUAGAUGAGAUGGACGAGAGCGAGAAGUCAGCGGUUGCCAUACGUCUCUCAGAAUGCAUAUUUGACGAGCAGUUUUCGGGCCAAAUGCAGCUACCAAAAGACUGCUACCAAGAAAUGCAGACAAGGCAGGAUGUAAAACGAUGCGUGAGCCAGCUAGCAGAAAACCCUGUUUGGUGGACAACAUACUUUGGAUAUCUAAACCUGGUAGCAGAUAUAUGCAACAGCUACAGGGGUCCAUUAGAGCAACAACAUGCUUUGAGCACAUACCGUCUGUUAGAGGUGAGGAUUGAAAAAAUGGUGGGGCUCCUUGAACAGAUUAGUCGGGGUGGUUUUAUGGAUGAAUUGCGGCAAGACAUGGACAGUAUGGUGAGAAAUGUGGCCGAAGAAGCCUCAGAAAGAAUGAGAUACAACGUUGAGCAGGUAGCAAAGGACAUGGUGGGUAACAUACAUGCACAAAACAGGGAAGUGGCAGAGGCGGUCAGAAAAGCCUCUGAAAGCGCAGUUAAAAACCAAAGAGACGUUGAAUCAUUCAACAAACAACUUAGAACUAUGCACCAGGACAGUAUGGAAGAGCUUGCAAGGGUGCUGGGAGGAAAACAAAAGGAGAUAGAGCAUCUGAUAGACACCCAUCUUGGAAGCAGCUUCCAACUUUGGAGCAAAGUUCAGAGGAAAGCUAUAAGAGCAGUUUGGCUUGCUUUGUGGAUCUGCGUGAGCACGGCAAUUCUGGGAGUUGCAAAGUUCUUGAAGAAGACAAACGUUGGUUCAUUUGUUGAAAUUGCAUGUGCAGGCAUGGGAGUAAUUGUUGGCCAGGCUCUUUAUUGCCGAAUAGUCCAGUAG